AUGUCCAAGACGCAUGUCCAGGAGGACACAAUCGACCCGCGCAAACUCCAACUACUCGAUCUUACUUUACCCACAUUCGAGGGAAACAACAGCAAACUGCAAUCCAAACUAGUCGAGCCGGGCACACUAGUCGUACCCGGGACCGAACUCGUAUUCUUCCCACCUCUAGUGCCCACAGACUCGCUCUUUGCAGACGGAACAGACCCAUCGUACGCUGCGCCCUCGCCCUUUUCCGUCGGAUUGGGCGAGAAACUGCGGUGCGAAACCACGGUGGAGGAUGUCCAGCUCAAGGGCUGGGAAAAGGCCAGAGAGACAGGACUCGUCGACAAGGACACGAUGGUAUUCGUCAAACAACGACGCGAGAUUUCAAAUCAACACGGAUUCGCCGUCGUCGAGCGCCGUACGCACGUCUAUCGCCCCGAGCUCGCCGGGCUGCCCACUGCAGAGGCCACGGGAAAGAAGAAACUGAGGUACCAUUCGGAUCAACCGACCCCGGAUGAACAGUUUACGUUCACGCCUUCCGCACAUAUGCUCUUCAGGUUCUCGGCUCUUACCUUUAACGCCCAUCGUAUCCACCUCGACCCCGUCUAUGCGUCCCAGCAAGAAGGACACCAAGAUCGUCUGAUGCCCUCGGAGAACCACGUCGCAGCCUUCAAGUACCGAGCCACACACCCGCUCGUCGUCGAUCGCCCCUUGACCCUCAAUCUAGCCUGGACGAGCGAACGCAGAGCUGCCGAGGUCUGGGCCACUGACCCGGACGGCAUCCUAGGCAUGCGCGGCUCGAUCGUUUUCACCUGA